UUUGAUGUAACAAAGAAAGAGGCCGACAAAGCCUUGGAUGAGCCUGAGAAUAGUGAUGAUAGAGCGGAGCAGCUGGAGGUAUUGAGCAAGGGGAUUGAUGCAGAGGAAGCAGUGAUGAUAGCUGAAUAUGGUGUUGGGGAUAACAAUGGUAGGGAUAAUGAUGACAGUUGGGUUGAUGAAGUUGGAGAGCUUGAUCCUGAUGAACGACUUACGCUGGAAAAGAGUAUUCUUCCUGUGAAGUUAGCCCUUGUAAAGCUCCGUAAACUGGCCUACAAAGUUAUACAUUCAACGACUAUAGUCCUCCCAGCAUGGUGUAAGAUUCUUGAAGACUUGCAGGCACCCAUUACUCUCAUGCCACAUGAUGUUUCAACCUGCUGGAACUCCACAUUUGAUAUGUUGGAAUAUGCGAUUGAGCAUCAGGAGGCUGUUGAUACCAUGACU